AUAGGCCAGAGAUUUGACGUGGGGUUGCUCCGGGUUUGGCAGCAGUUGCAUGCCGGGAAGUUCAGUGGACUUUAUUCCCCAUCACCCCAGUCCGUCUAGUCAGUCAGGUCCCUCUCUAACCAUGGCGGAUCUCCAGGCUAAGUUUGAUGCUGCAGCAGCUGAGGUGAAGCAGCUGAAGGCCAAGCCAGCCGAUGAAGAGAUGCUGCAGGUCUACUCGCUGUUCAAGCAGGCCACUGUCGGGGAUGUCAACACAGGUCGUCCUGGGAUGUUCGAUUUCACCGGUAAAGCCAAAUGGGAUGCCUGGGAGAAGCAGAAAGGCAAGAGCAAAGAGGAUGCCAUGGCAGAGUACGUCAGCCUGGUGGAGCAGCUGAAGGAGAAGUAUGGAAUCUAAUGUCACAGAAUGGUCGCUGGCGUGAGACCAGCAUCACGCUGGGAAAUGCCUUAAAGCCAGCAAGUGUGUCCUUCCACAACCAAGAUGGGGGGGAAGAGGAGAACCACUGCUGUUGACGAACCACUAAGUGUCUUCCACCAUAGUAGCAUCAAACUUCAACCCUUGUAUCUGCACAGAAUCCUGACAUUUCAAUAUAAAAAAAUAUUUCUACUCC